GGUGUUUUGGGUUUCCUUUGCAGGCUGACGGAGCCAGUGCAGCUGGAAGGAAAAGCACGGCAAGCAGGGAGCGCUUGAAGCGCAGCCAGAAGACCACCAAAGUGGAGGGGCCAGAGGCUGUGCCGGCCGAGGCCUCGCUGAGCGCCGAGCAGGGAACGAUGACGGAGGUGAAGGUGAAGACGGAGCUGCCCGACGACUACAUCCAGGAGGUGAUCUGGCAAGGUGAGGCCAAGGAGGAGAAGAAGGCGGUCGGCAAGGACGGCACUGGCGACGUGCCCGCCGAGAUCUGCGUGGUGAUCGGCGGCGUCCGCAACCAGCAGACCCUGGGGUCCUAUGAGUGUGGAAUCUGUGGCAAGAAGUAUAAGUAUUACAACUGUUUCCAGACCCACGUUCGGGCACACCGAGACACAGAAGCCACCUCAGGGGAGGGAGCCUCCCAAGGCAACAAUUUCAGGUACACGUGUGACAUCUGUGGGAAGAAGUACAAAUACUACAGCUGUUUCCAGGAGCACCGAGACCUGCACGCAGUGGAUGUGUUUAGUGUGGAAGGGGCCCCUGAGAAUCGGGCAGACCCCUUCGACCAAGGUGUCGUGGCCACUGACGAGGUGAAGGAGGAGCCCCCAGAACCAUUCCAGAAAAUCGGGCCAAUGAACAGUAUUACAUCAGAAAUUUUUAAGAAGAAAGAAGUUAGGCAGUGCCAAAAGAGAGAAACCGGCAAUUACACCUGUGAAUUCUGUGGAAAGCAGUACAAGUACUACACGCCCUACCAGGAGCACGUGGCCUUACACGCCCCCAUUAGUACCGCCCCCGGGUGGGAGCCACCGGAUGAUCCAGACACGGGCUCUGAGUGUUCGCAUCCAGAGGUCUCCCCGUCUCCACGCUUCGUGGCAGCGAAGACCCAGACGAACCAGUCGGGGAAAAAGGCUCCGGCCUCCGUGGUCCGAUGCGCCACCCUCUUACACCGCACCCCUCCAGCCACCCAAACCCAGACGUUCCGCACUCCAAAUUCGGGAUCUCCAGCAAGCAAGGCAACCGCAGCAGAAAGCGCUUUCAGUCGGAGGGUGGAAGGCAAAGCACAAAACCACUUUGAAGAAACGAAUAGUAGUUCCCAAAACUCCAGCGAAACUGCAAGUCCCCUGAUUUCCAAUCCUUUCCCUCUCCUACAGAAACCCUACACGUGCGGCGCCUGUGGGAUCCAGUUCCAGUUCUACAACAACCUGCUGGAGCACAUGCAGUCCCACGCAGCGGACAACGAAAACAACAUCGCCUCCAACCAGUCCCGAUCACCACCUGCUGUCGUGGAAGAGAAGUGGAAGCCCCAGGCCCAGAGGAACAGUGCCAACAACACCACCAGUAGUGGUUUAACACCCAACAGCAUGAUCCCGGAGAAGGAGCGGCAGAACAUCGCGGAGCGGCUCCUGCGGGUCAUGUGCGCCGACCUGGGUGCUCUGAGCGUGGUGAGCGGGAAGGAGUUCCUGAAGCUGGCCCAGACGCUGGUGGACAGUGGCGCCCGCUACGGGGCCUUCUCGGUCACCGAGAUCCUGGGCAAUUUCAACACGCUGGCGCUGAAGCACCUGCCGCGCAUGUACAACCAGGUGAAGGUGAAGGUGACGUGCGCCUUGGGCAGCAACGCCUGCCUGGGCAUCGGCGUCACCUGCCACUCACAGAGCGUUGGCCCGGACUCCUGCUACAUCCUCACAGCCUACCAGGCGGAGGGCAACCACAUCAAGAGCUACGUGCUGGGCGUGAAGGGCGCGGACAUUCGCGACAGUGGCGACCUGGUGCACCACUGGGUGCAGAACGUGCUGUCGGAGUUCGUGAUGUCAGAGAUCAGGACAGUGUACGUGACGGACUGUCGGGUGAGCGCAUCCGCCUUUUCCAAGGCCGGCAUGUGCCUUCGCUGCUCAGCCUGUGCCUUGAACUCGGUGGUACAGAGCGUGCUGAGCAAGCGGACGCUGCAGGCCCGCAGCAUGCACGAGGUCAUCGAGCUGCUCAACGUGUGUGAGGACCUGGCGGGCUCCACCGGCCUCGCCAAGGAGACCUUCGGCUCGCUGGAGGAGACCUCGCCGCCGCCCUGCUGGAACUCGGUCACGGACUCGCUGCUGCUGGUGCACGAGCGCUAUGAGCAGAUCUGCGAGUUCUACAGCCGCGCCAAGAAGAUGAACCUCAUCCAGAGCCUCAACAAGCACCUGCUCAGCAACCUGGCCGCCAUCCUGACACCGGUGAAGCAGGCGGUCAUCGAGCUGAGCAACGAGAGCCAGCCCACCCUGCAGCUGGUGCUGCCCACCUACGUCAGGCUGGAGAAGCUGUUCACGGCCAAGGCCAACGACGCGGGCACUGUCAGCAAGCUGUGCCACCUCUUCCUGGAGGCGCUCAAGGAGAACUUCAAGGUGCACCCAGCGCACAAGGUGGCCAUGAUCCUGGACCCGCAGCAGAAGCUGCGGCCCGUCCCGCCCUACCAGCACGAGGAGAUCAUUGGCAAGGUGUGCGAGCUCAUCAAUGAGGUCAAGGAGUCCUGGUCGGAGGAGGUCGACUUUGAGCCUGCCGCCAAGAAGCCCCGCUCUGCCCCCGGCGAGAACCCCGCAGCUCAGGAGGACGACCGGCUUGGGAAGAACGAAGUGUACGAUUACCUGCAGGAGCCCCUCUUCCAGGCCACCCCUGAUCUCUUCCAGUACUGGUCGUGCGUGACCCAAAAGCACACGAAACUCGCCAAGCUCGCCUUCUGGCUCCUGGCCGUUCCGGCCGUAGGGGCCAGGAGCGGGUGUGUAAAUAUGUGUGAACAAGCACUUCUAAUCAAAAGGAGGCGACUGCUCAGCCCAGAAGAUAUGAACAAACUCAUGUUUCUGAAAUCCAACAUGCUUUAAGACUUCCAGGUGAAAAAAAGAGAAAAAGGAAAAAACAGGAGAGAACGUUAG